CCGACUGACCGGCGGCCGGAGAGCACAGCUUAGGUGAAGCCCCAGAGGCCACCAGUGGGUCCGCUCACCGACCUGAUGGAGAAGUCCGCCAGUGAUGCAGGUCGUCCAGGAGAGCUGUCUUGUCAUCUUCAGAGCAGGUGCGAGAGAGAAUCUUUGCCAGGAGCUGCCAAUAACGGUCAUCACAUCUGCCCACAGCAGGACAUCUUCAAUGAAAAGAAUGACCCGAAAGAAACACUUACAGAAGCCGAGCGGGCGGCCUCUCCUGCAGAGUUACUCGUGCUGUUACUGAAAGACAGCGCCGAAGAGAUUAGUUCUGAGAAUGCUGAUCUUUCUGCAUCCAAUUUGAAGAUUUCUAAGCAGAAAGAAGUAUUAACAAAAGAAUUAGACGCUUUCAAACAUGAGAACAUAGUUGUAGACCAUCUUAGAGACACAGACUGCGAACAAACAGGACAUUCUUCCUCCUCCUUGUUCUCAGAGAAUCUAACCAAUGAUGAAGAUGAACAAGCUAAUCUACAGAAGAAAAUAAUGGAAAAGGAGACCUAUAUCCAAGAACUUUCUUCUUUGUUUCAGGAUGAAAAGGCAAAUGCUUUGAAAGCAAACCGCUUGUCUCAGUCAGUAAAACUCGUGCAUGAACGACUCCAGCUCCAAAUUCAUAAAAAAGAAGCAGAGAAUGAUAAGUUAAAAGACUACAUAAAGGGCUUAGAAACCAAGAUAGCCAAGUGGAGUUUACAGUUGAAAACCAGUAAGCAGGAGGCAGUAGCAAUGAAAAAAGCCAGUAGGCAGAAGGCUAUAGCUCUGAAAAAGGCAUCUAAGAUUUAUAAACAGCGGCUUGAGCAUUUUGCAGGCGACAUUGAAAACAUCACUUCCCAAAUUAGAGAUCAGGAAGCCAAGUUGUCUGAAACAGUUUCAGCUUCCAAUGCCUGGAAAAGUCAUUACGAGAAAAUUGUAAUAGAGAAAACCGAAUUGGAAGUUCAGAUUGAAACAAUGAAAACGCAAAUUGUUAAUCUUUCGGAGGACAUAAAGAAAAUGGAAGCCCACGGUAAAAAUUCAUAUGAAGAAAUUCUUAGAAAACUACAAUCAAUUGAGAAUGAAAAACAAACUCUGAAUCUUGAGAAUACAAAGUUAAAGACUACACUUGCUUCGUUGAAGGAUGAAGUAGUGUCUGUAGAAAAUGAACUACAUGAAUUACAAGAAGUGGAAAAACAGCAAAAAGCCCUUAUUAAAGUAUAUGAAACUCAGGUACAAAAGUUACAAGAAGCUGCUGAAGUGGUGAAAAGCAGAUGUGAAAAUUUGCUAUGUGAAAAUAAACUAAUAGCAAAAAGGAAAAAUAAAAAAAUAGAGAAAAUGAGAGGCCAGAUGGAGUCUCAGAUGCAGGAGUUAGAGCACGUGCGUGAUUCCUUGACGGCGGCCGAGAGGAGGCUUCGCGAGUGUCAGGAGAACCUGCAGCGCUGCAAGGGGAUGUGUGCGGACCAGGCGCACACCGUUAGGGAGCUGCAGGGCCAGAUUGAAGGAAGUAACAAUCUAGCAAAGCUUUCUCUGGAAGAGGAAAAUUACCUUAUUCAGUUGAAGUGUGAAAGCCUUCAACAAAAAUUGGAGCAAAUGGAUGCAGAAAACAAAGAGCUUGAAAAGAAAUUGGCAAACCAAGAGGAGUGUCUUAAACAGAGCAAUCUGAAGUUUAAAGAGAAGUCUGCAGAAUACACAGCCUUGGCCAGGCAACUGGAAGCUGCUUUAGAGGAAGGAAGACAAAAGGUCUCUGAAGAAAUAGAGAAAAUAUCGUCUCGAGAGAGGGCUUUGCAAAUUAAAAUAUUAGAUCUGGAAACUGAGCUUAGAAAGAAAAAUGAAGAACAAAAUCAACUUAUUUGCAAAAUGAACAGUAAAGCUCAACAUCAGGAAGUGUGUUUGAAAGAAAUUCAACAUAGCCUUGAGAAGACGGAGAGUCAAAACGAGAGCAUUAAGAAUUAUUUGCAAUUUCUUAAAACUUCCUAUGUAACAAUGUUUGGAUAAAUUGUAUAAUUUCUUUUGUAUGAGCAGUAGUUUUUUAUUAUGACUCUAAAAUGUGAUUAGGAUAAAAAGUAAGUAAAUAUUUUGCCAGUUGUUUUAUUUUAGGACUUAUGGGUAAUAGUAUUAGAGUUUAUAUGUAGAGGCUUUUGAAACAUAAUUUAUUUUUUAAUUGAAACUUUAAAACUUUAUAACUGUUAAUAUUCCUUUUUUUUUCUGGAAUCAUUCUCAUAUAGCUCUGUGGUCUGAUUCAUUUUAAAACUAAUGGGUUUUAGAAUUUUUCAUACAAACAUAGAAGUCAAAAUCACUCUUUAUAAUCUUUGUAACUUCCAUUGUACUGAGUUUGUAAUACAUUUAGGCCAAUUAUGAGCCAAAUGCAUGGUUUUAAAUAAUGUGUAUGAUUGUUUUAUAUAUGCUGUUGUAUAAAUGUAAUAAAGGAAAAUAUUCUGAAGUUUUAAUUUUGAUCAUGCUAUAAAUAUAUACUAUCUACAUAA